GUGAAUCUUUAUUAUUGGCGAUCUUUAUGUUGUCUAUAAUCUCUCCGAAUUUUCAAGAGACAAUUCUUUUCCAAAACUCUACAACUACAAAUCUUCCUCAUUCCUCACAAUUGCAACUUAAUCGUCUCCAAUCCGACGGUGGACAACGAGGUGGUCCGUGCACUCGAGCGCGAUCUCGAAUCUAAGAUGGCGAAGAGAAAUAUCAAGGUCGUUUUGCGACGGGGAGGAAAGAAAGUCGCAACCAAAAUGUCGGCAGGAGAAGCUUCUCCCCAUAGAGAGGCGACGCCUACCACUUCGACACCGAUCUCCUCAAUUCCACAAAAGCGCGCACUCGAAGACGAUCAUCAACCCGCCAUCUCCUCCCCCUUGAACCCUGACUUCAAAUCCAAACUCCAAGAUGAUGCUCCCCUCGCGCGAGAGCGAGCAUCAAGAGCCAAGAAGGAAUCUCUGAAGAAGCGUGAAUCGAAAGCUGGUUCUCUGGCCCCAGAUUCGAGCGCGAGAGCUACUCCAGAUCCCAAAUCUGCGAAGAGCAAGAAGAGCGAACCCGAUCUCGCGCCCAUCAGAUACAAACUACCUCCACCCAAAUCUACAGACUUUGAAGCUCCUAGGGGACCAGUAUUCAUACCUGCGGAUACAAGGACAGCUCCAGAUGGCUCAGAAAUCCAAUUCAACGAGACAACGGACCAUGUCUACAAUAAGAAGGGCUUUCAUUAUACCCAUUGUAUCGCAGAUCCAGCCUUCCCAUCCUCCCUCUUCUAUCGACAGUCCGAAGCAGAACCAUUCACUCCACGCUUGAACUUCGAAGACACUUCUACGCAUAUGUUUUUGGACGAGUCUGGCAAACAUGUCACAACAGACAAGGGUUUUAGAAUGGCAAAAGCCAACGUAGGAGUAAGAGAGGGGAGGUGGUAUUACGAAUGUAGGAUCACAAGUGGCAUCCCAAAGAGGAAAUUAGGUGCCCCGGCCGAGUCAAAUGGUCAUGUUCGAAUGGGAUGGGCAAGACGGGAAGCUACACUGGAUGCGCCGGUUGGGUAUGAUGCCUACAGUUACGGACUUCGAGAUGCAUCUGGUCAGAAAGUCUUCAUGUCUCGGCCCAAAGACUUUUUCCCAAACAACGAGGAUAUCAGAGAAGGUGACGUGAUAGGACUGGAAAUAAACCUCCCCUCAGAAUCGCUCCAUCGAAAAGUUGUAGAGGGACAUUACAACCCCGCGGUCGAUCUAGAGGACGACGGAAACAUUGGGGUCGAGAGGCCGGAUAUCAUCCGCGACAGGGUCCCUAUCCGGUUUAAGACACACCUCUACUUUGAGCAGAUCGAAUACCAAGCAACCAAGGAACUUGAGGAGUUGAUGAACCCAUCUCCCGUUAUUCAAUCAACAGGUGGGGUUGGUGGAUCCACACAACAACCAGGACCAACACACCCAGUACCGGCUCUUCGAACACUUCCCCAUUCAAACAUCAAGAUAUAUAAGAACGGACACUACAUUGGCACGCCCUUUACCAAUCUUCUUGCCUUCCUGCCGCCCGCUUCGAAACCUCUCACACAAGUUGGAGCAAGAGAAGGACUGGAUAAUGGUAUGCUAGGAUAUUAUCCUGCCGUGUCUGUCUUCAGAGGCGGAGCUGCAGAAGUCAACUUUGGGCCUGACUUUUGGUUUCCGCCCCAAGAAGAGGGUGAGCCUGAUGAUGAGGUCGACAUGAUUGGAAGUGAUCAGCCAGUAGCGACAAAGAUAGCAAAGCUCAGAGCGACGGGCGAUCGGUUUGACGAGCAGAUCGUGGAGGACAUUGUGUACGAUAUUGUGGACGAGGUUGAUUUCUGGAUGCAAGAUGGCGGUGUUAGCGGAAAAGGAGCGACAACUGGUGUGCGUUCUGCAGCUGGGGUUUCGGCAGAUGAUGGGAUUUCUGGAGGAGUUCUGGGUUCGGAGGAAAUCAAGGAGUUGGUCCAGGAGGACGACUGA